CGCCGAAGCGCGCUGGGAAAUGUGAAGAGGAGUGUACAGUGCGCGGUGGUAGGUACAGUGUGCGUGUUAGGUGAAGAUGUCAUCCCUGCAGAAGAAGGUGCAGCUGAGCCGCCUCCCGCCCAGACCUCACGUCCCCGGCAGCUCCUCCUCCUCGGCCGCCUCCAAGAGCCAUGGGUUCGGCCGCAGAAGAGACUUUACCCCGGUGUCAUGGAACCUCUACUUCGAAUCCAUGGAUGAUGUGGAGGUGGGGGAAGGAGAUGAUAAGGGAACCUUCCGAGUAUACCGAAGUGGAUCAGAGGGCCCUGUGCUCUUACUCUUGCACGGAGGGGGACACUCAGCACUCUCCUGGGCUGUUUUUACGGCAGCUAUUAGCAGCAACAUUGAGUGCCGUGUGGUGGCUGUCGACCUUCGUGGACACGGGGACACACACGUGAGCAAUCCUGAGGACUUGUCAGCAGAAACGAUGGCCAAGGAUGUGGGUGCCGUGGUGGAGGCCCUGUACGGGGAGAAUCCCCUCCCCGUUAUCAUGGUUGGGCACAGUAUGGGCGGAGCCAUCGCCGUCCACGCGGCCACGGCCAAUGUCAUCCCCACGCUUGUCGGCCUCAUCGUCAUUGACGUAGUGGAAGGAACGGCGAUGGAUGCCUUAAACAGCAUGCAAAACUUUCUGCGCGGUCGACCAAAGACAUUCAAGUCUGUUGAGAAUGCCAUUGAGUGGAGUGUCAAGAGUGGCCAAAUCAGGAACCUGGAGUCUGCGCGAGUCUCUAUGGGUGGGCAGGUGAAAAGAUGCGAGAGUGGGAACUCGAGUCCAUCCAAAGGAAAUGGUUCGUUCUGCGAAGGCAUUCAAGAGGAGGAUGAGGAAGGAGACAAGGAAGAGUCCAAUCACACCACACAGCCAGCAUCACCACCACAGUCAGAGGAGGGCCCCCUGUACACGUGGCGAAUUGACCUCUCGACCACGGAGCGCUUCUGGGAAGGCUGGUUCCGGGGCCUCUCCAUGCUCUUCCUUUCCUGCCCGGUGCCCAAGAUGCUUCUGUUGGCCGGUGUUGACCGCUUGGAUAAAGACUUAACUAUUGGGCAAAUGCAAGGCAAGUUUCAGAUGCAGGUGCUGCCGCAGUGUGGGCACGCAGUGCACGAGGACGCUCCGGACAAAGUUGCUGAUGCAAUUUCAACGUUUAUGCUCCGUCACCGUGUCGUGGAAUCCAAGGGAGAUUUUAAAGUAUUUUUACCGGGGUGCUGAAGCAUGCGCUGCACCUUGUGCACCGGGAUUGUGUCGGGUCACCGCAUCGGUUCGAGUAACUUGACUUGGUGUCGUGGCGGACGGCCUUCGCAUGCAGUUCUCUUCAGUCGUGUCGCUCGCCUUGCUGUCACGCGCACUACCACUGCAACUCCCCCCCCCCCCGCCUGUGUUUGUAGCUUCGUGUAAAAAAAACACACAUGAUCGAAGUUUAAAACUCUCGGUCAUUUUUUGCUCAAGUCGUUUAGGUUCAUUUUAGGUCGAUGCUUGAGUGGUGCAUACCUUUAUUUUAGCACUUUGGAAUGCAAGGAUUGGUGGAUCACAGAUUUGUAAAAUUCAUAGGUUGUGAGGUGACCAAGACAGUGGGUUCAUGCUGUACCUGUUUUCCAGACAUUUGAGCAUUAUGCCCUCCUGUGCAGGUUUUAUCCAGGUGAUCCAAUUUCCCUCCGCACAACGCAUGACCCGCCUCAAAGAGGGUAAUUGACACUUGGUGAGGCAAUCCUCGUUAAAUGACGAAUACGUUACUUCUUUGGUGUAAAUGUUAUUUAUUUGUGUAAUCUCUUCGCCUGCUGCUAGAUCUGAAUGUAUUGUCUCCGUGUUGUAGAAAAAGGAGCAGUGUUCUAAUUGCAAGCACCAAAUCACAUUUGUUUUGUUCUUAAUAUUGUAUAAAG